ACACGAACUCUUGUUCAAGUUGCUUUUUAGGUUACCCGUUACAUCACCAAAUAUCUUCCCCAAAUUCUUAUCUUCGCAAUUAUCGAUCUGUUUAUCGGUGCCGGAUUCCGUUCUCGUCGACGACUGUAAUUCUCAUUUGCUGCAGAUCUUCGAGGCUCUGUAUGUUUAUGUGUAUGGUGAAUAGUUUGGUGGUUCUUAAAGUUAAGAGAUAAAGUGUGUACUAUUGCUUUGAAACACUAUGUCACCAGAAAAGAAUACGGCGAAAGCCGAUGAAGGCGACGCACAGAAAGCCCAAAAGUCUAGGAAGCGCAGACGUCGGCUGGUAAAGAAGUUCUCAGAUGAAAAACCGAUACUUGAUCAAUCCGGUUCACCGACAUUGACCUCGGAAAAGAAAACUCCAGAGUCCUUGAAACCUAAAAAGGAAAUUAUGAAGAAGUCCUCCAAUGUGAACAAUAAACUUGGGGAAUCCAGCUCAGCAUUGUCACCCUCGAAUAAGAAAACCGCGGAGUCCUUAAAACCUAAAAAGGAAGUUAUGAAGAAGUCAUCAAAUGUGAACAAUAAACUUGGGGAAUCCAGCUCAGCAUUGUCACCCUCGAAUAAGAAAACCCCGGAGUCCUUAAAACCUAAAAAGGAAAUUAUGAAGAAGUCCUCAAAUGUGAACAAUAAACUUGGGGAAUCCAGCUCAGCAUUGUCACCCUCAAAUAACAAAAAGAAAAAGAAGAAAAUUGUCACAUUGUCAAAUUCGAAACUUGAAAUGGAGAAGAAGUCUUCCGACCAAAACCCUAUGCCUUCUAGUUCAAAGGAAAUCCAGAAUUCCAAAAAUCUUGUGAAGAAACCGAAGAAGCAUAAUAAAAAGGUUAAACCAGUAAAUAAUCAAUAUCAAAAACCUGAAGUUGCAAAUAAAGGGUCUCAUUCCAGAAAAGAGAAAGAAGUGGGAAGUUCAUCAAAAAACCAUUCAAGAAACAAUGAUAUGAAAGACGUUGGUGGGCUUAUAUUUAUGUGCAAUGCGAAAACUAAAGGGGAUUGUUAUCAUUACCGCGUGAUGGGUGUCCAAGCACACAAGAAAGACCUGGUUAUGGGUAUCAAGCCUGGUAUGAAGCUUUUCCUCUUUGAUAUUAGUGUAAAGCUUUUGUAUGGUAUUUACAAAGCGACUUCUCAUGGGGGUAUGAGACUUGAACCGGCUGCUUUUGGUGGGGGAUUUCCUCUUCAGGUUCGUUUUGAGGUUUAUGAGGACUGUCUUCCACUACCCGAGAGCGUAUUCAAGAAGGCCAUUAAGGAGAGUUAUGAUGAAAAAACUCACAAGUUUAAGACUGAGUUAACUUUUGAUCAAGUAAAGAGGCUAACAAACUUAUUCAAGCCGGCUCCAAUAUUGCAUUCAAAUCCACAACCUGUUGUUCGGGAGCCAAAGCCAACUGUUGCUUCUUCAUCACUUGUAUUAACCGAACAAGACUAUAGGAGUCACGGGCUUAGAGGAGAGAGGCACACAAACUUAGCCCCUGUUGCCCCCCCUGCUUAUGACCCUUAUAGGCCUGAUCUAGAAAUAGACAGGGCCCGCACAGAUACUGUUUUUAUCAGUAGACCUGAACAAGAAACUGCUCAGAUGGUAAAGCCAACUUUGACUUCUCCACCGGUUUUGUUGACCGAGCAAGAGUAUAGAAGUUACGGGCUUAGAAGAGAUGGACCUACUGUAGCCCCCCCUGCUUAUGACCCGUAUCGGCCCGGUCUAGAAAGAGAAGGGGCCCGCACGGAUACUGUUUUUAUCAGUAGACCUGAACAAGAAACUGCUCAGUUCGUAAAGCCAACGUUGACUUCUCCACCGGUUUUGUUGACCGAGCAAGAUUAUAGAAGUUAUGGGCUUAGAGGAGAUAGGCAUCCCGUUUAUGAUCCUUACAAACCUGAUCUAGAAAGAGACGCCCCCCACUCUGAUACAGUUUACCUUCGUAGACCAUCUGACCCAACUUUGACUUCUCCUCCGGUUUUGUUGACCGAACAAGGGUAUGGAAGUCAUGGACUUAGAGGAGAUAGAGAUAGAGCACCUCCUGCGUAUGAUCCGUAUAAAAUUGAUCAAGAAAGAAAAUAUUCAUGGUCCCCAAGUGAUGCGCUUUUUCUCAGUGAAAGAGACUAUAGAACGUAUGGCCUUAAAUCCCGACAAGAGAAUCCAACUUCAGUUACUCCAAACAUUGAUUCAACUAGUCAUAAUCCUGCUAUCGGUUUUCAUCAAUCUGUACCGUAUAAUCCUUAUGAACAAGAUUCUGAUUUGGUCGAGCGUUAUCUGCCUCAUCAUGUGCCACCUCCUUCCAGUUCUUACAGAUUUGGUCCUGAAACUGUUUUAUCUGAAAGAGUAGAAAGAGUAUACCCGGGAAAUUCCUCGUAUGAACCAUUAAAUUACAACCAGAAUGUGGUUCCGAGAGUGGAAGAAACUGAAUACAGACCUGCCCCUGUUUCUUCUCGAUAUGCAUUUGCUGGGCCUUCUGUAGUUCACCGUUGAUCAAAGGUAUGUUCUUUUGCUUCAUUGUUAAAAAUGAGAAACUUGUGCUGCCCCGUUUCACUGUUGGCAUUAAAUUACUAACUGGAUUUUAUGAUGUUUCGGUCAGAGACUUGUUUGGGAAUUGGGUAUGUAAUCAUAAGGAACGUAGGUGUCAUACUUUCUGUCUAUUUAUGAGUUCAAUUAGGUUGUGUUUUAUUUCGAA